GAAGCGAAGGAAAGCUUUGAAGUUUGAUCCGGUUUUCCACGGAAGGCGGCGCCCUGGGUUGGGGUUGUAGGUUUUGUACAAGCUUGUCUUACAAGCCUUAAAGUUAGGACAAGCUUUGUGGUAGGCAUCGUUCAAGCGGUUGCUCUGCCCUUGAUGAAUGGGGGUGCCAGGGUCCUCUACCAGUUGCAGGUAACACGGCUCAUUUUGACACCGCCAGUUCUGGAGGCGCCCUUUCGCGGGGUCAUUACCAUGGCCUUGAUGCACAUCAUGCCCGCUGGCCUCCUCGGCGGCCAUUUGAGUUUCCACGGCCUGGUUCGGACAGCGGGUGCCCCGCAGCUUGCGGCAUUGCCAGUAGCUGCGGCAGGGCUGCCUCCCCUGCCCGGCCGGAUGCAGGCGCCAUUUCGCCCGAGGGGCGCCGACUGGAGCACCCAAUUCCUGGGCCGCCAGCUUGCUCUCUGUCAACCUGCCCUGUUGCCUGCCUAUUACACGCUGUGUGCGCCUGUUCACCUCCGCCUGGAUCGCUCCCUACCUGGGCUGCCCUCGCGGCCGUUCUCUGCGCGCGCCGCCGCCCGCAAGGGCGAUGGUGGAGGUGGUGGCGCUGGUGGUGGCACUGGCGGUGGUGGCAGCGGCGCGGCACAUGCGCUGGUGGUGGUGGAGUCGCCCAGCAAGGCCACCACGGUGGGGCGCUACUUGGGGCCCGACUACGCGGUGCUGGCCAGCUAUGGCCAUGUGCGCGACUUGGCACCAACGCCAGGCAGCGUGCAGCCGGACAAUGAGUGGGCCAUGACGUGGGCGGUGCCGGUGAAGGCGCACAAGUGCCUGGCGGCCAUCCGCGCGGCGCUGCGUGGGAAGCGGCUGCUGGUGCUGGCCAGCGACCCGGACCGGGAGGGGGAGGCCAUCGCGUGGCACCUGCAGGAGACGUUGAGGGAGGCGGGGGCGCUCAACAACACCCAGGUCAUCCGCGUGGCGUUUAAUGAGAUCACGCGUGAUGCGGUGCUGGCCGCGUUGGCCGCCCCACGCGAUGUAAGCACUCCGCUGGUGGAGGCAUACCUGGCGCGGCGCGCGCUGGACUACGUGAUGGGCUUUGGGCUGUCCCCCGUGCUGUGGCGCAAGCUGCCCGGCAGCAAGAGCGCGGGCCGCGUGCAGAGCGUGGCGCUGCGCCUUGUAACAGACCGCGAGCACGCCAUCCGCACCUUUGUCAGCCGCGAGCACUGGUCCGUGGCCGCACGCCUCACGGGGCCAACGGGGGAUGUCUUUGAGGCGGCGCUGACGCACCUGGACGCGCGCAAGUUGGGCCAGUUUGGGCUGACCACAGAGGAGGACGCGCAGCAGGCUGCGGGCAGGGUGCGGGCGGCCAGGCUGGAGGUGGCGGAGGUGAAGAGGAGCAAGGUAGAGCGCAGCCCUCCCCCGCCCUUCACCACGUCUACGCUGCAGCAGGAGGCCAGCGCCAAGCUGAGCCUGGGUGCAGCGCAGACCAUGGCCCUGGCGCAGAAGCUGUACGAGGGGGCCGACACCGGCGCGGGCCUCAUCACGUACAUGCGCACCGACGCCACGACGCUCUCCUCGCACGCCGUCACCGCCAUCCGUGCCACAGUGGCUGCGCGCUACGGGCCAGAGUAUGUGCCGGCUCGCCCGCGGGUGUACAAGAGCCAGGCCAAGAACGCGCAGGAGGCGCACGAAGCCAUCCGGCCCACGGACAUGGCCGUGCUGCCCAGCGCACUCGCCGGCCGGGUGGACCCCAGCGCGCUGCGGCUCUACAGCCUCAUCUGGCGGCGCACUGCGGCGUGCCAGAUGGCAAGCGCGGUAUACGCGCAGCUGGCAGUGGACGUGGCCAGUGCCGACCAGGCGGUGCGCCUGCACGCUGUCGCGUCGGAGGUGCAGUUCCCGGGGCACCUCGCAGUGCACAGCGACGCCGAGGUGGGCUCCCGGUUCGCGCGGGAACAGGUCCCUGAAACAGACGAGGCGGAGAGCGGCGAGGAUGCUGUGCCGGGCAAGAGAGCGGGGCUGGAGCGGCUCGCUGUGGGGCAGGCAGUGGCCGUGGGGGCCGUCACCCCGGACCAGCACUUUACGCAGCCGCCGCCGCGCUUCACUGAGGGCACACUGGUGAAGGCGCUGGAGGAGGCGGGCGUGGGCCGGCCGUCGACGUACGCGUCCACGCUGCGCACGCUGGUGGAGCGCGCGUACGUCCGCAAGGAGGGCCGGCGGCUGGUCCCCGAGAUGCGCGGCCUGCUGGUCGCCGCGUUCCUGCAGCACUACUUCCCGCGCUACGUCGACACGGCCUUCACCGCGCAGCUCGAGGCGCAGCUGGACGACAUCACCGCGGGCGCGUGCCCGUACAAGGCCGUGCUCUCCGCCUUCCACACCGACCUGCAGGCCGCCAUCAACGACACCGCCGCCAUCUCCAAGCAGCAGGUGGAGGACGCCCUGGAGGCGGCGUUUGGCGACUGGCUGUUUCCCGCUCCGGCCGCGAAGGGCGCAGACCCGCGCGCGUGCCCCGUGUGCGGGCAGGGCCAGCUGGAGCUCAAGCUGAGCAAGAUGGGCGGAUUCCUCGGCUGCUCCCAUUACCCCGAAUGUACUGCGCGCCUCCCGCUCACCUUCGGCAGCCCGCUAGACAUGUCCACGGCCGGUGGGUGCCCGGUGGUGUUGGGGGACGACCCUGUGACGGGGCUGCCGGUGAGCCUGCGCACGGGGCCGUACGGGCCGUACCUGCAGCUGGGGGAGGCGCAGGGCAAGGCCAAGCCCAAGCGGGUCGCGCUGCCCAAGGGCCUCGGGGCCGACGUGGAUUUGCCCCGCGCGCUGCAGCUGCUGGCGCUGCCGCUGCCCCUGGGCGAGCACCCGGCGCUGGGCGGCCCCGUGUCGCUCAGCCUGGGCAGGUUCGGGCCGUACGUCGAGCACGCGGGCAACGCCGCCUCCCUGCCACCGGGCCCCCGCGAUAUGUUUGCGUUUACCCUGGCGGAGGCGGUGCCGCUGCUGGCCGCCAAGGGCAAGCCCCUCCGCGGUCGCGGCCGCCCCAGCCGGGGUAACACCAACCAGGCGGCAGCAGCGGACAAGGCGCCGGCCAAGCGGGGGCGCAAGAAAAAGGAGGCGGCAGUCAAAGAGGGGGCUGAUGUCAAAACGUUGAAUGCUUCAGCGGAGGAUGGCAAAGCAGAGGAGGUCGUGGCAGCGAACCCCCCCAAGAAACGAGGCAGGCCUAGGAAGGUUGUAGCGCAAGUUGCAGAGGGAGAGGAAACACCGAAAGACGCCCAGCCUGCACUGGAAGCACGGCCGGGGGCAGCGGCCACUGAUGAGGAUGCGUCAAGCAUAAGGCGCGAUGGUGAGGAGCACGCUGGAGCACCUCCUCCGAAACGGAAAGGCAAAGGGGCAGAGAAAAAAUCUCUCAAAAAGGUAGAGGCGGGUCUUGCGGCAGCACAGGAAACGGUGCGUCGCGCGAAGGUCCCUGGGAAAGCCUUGGUAGCCGCCCAGACAAGCGAGCAGCCGGCGUCGAGUGCAGGGAAAGAGUCGGGCGGGGCCAGCCGGGACGAGACGCCGGGGUCAGGCCCGCAGCUGCGCAUCCUGACAGAGUGGCCGAGCAAGCGGCGCAGCCCGGCAGAGAAAGCGGCGGACCAUGCGGCCGGGGUGUUCCGUCCAUGGGAGGUGCAGAACGGGCUGCACCUGCCCUGGCUGCAACAGCAGGAGGCCGCGCGGGCAGCCGCGCAGCGCAACCCGGGGGCCGACCACCGGGAGGGCGGGGCAGAGGCGUCGUCCGCGGCUCCGACAACGGAUGAGCGGCAAGAGACCCCUGCUACGAGCGGGCGAGCGGGCAGCCCGGCUGCAGAUAAGAUGGAAGGGGUGGCGCCAGGGAGGGGCCACAGGAUGCGGCCAGCGCUGAAGGCCGGGCGGCCGUCGAAGGUGGUGGGGCGGGGCGGGGCAGGCCUGCGGCAGGGCGAGGAGGAGGAGCAGGCGAGCGGACGGAGAACGUCGGCACUCCCCAUCUCGUGCGGACCAGGGGAACGCGCACAAAGGGGGCCGCUGCCGAUCCAGUCCGGGGAAGGUUUUUACCACAAUCCCUGAGAUGGUUUUCCCUUUAAUGAAGAGUGGACCUGAGGAAGACGUGCCUUAGGGUAAGGUCAUGUUGAAGCUGACCCCCUAUGUUCAGUUCAGAGGGUGGGGGUUGGGGGUUUGGAAUCCUGAGGGCAGCGGGAGGGGGGGGGGGCUCGGGGUUUCCUCCAUGGUCGAGCCGCAGGCUCGGAAAUUGUUGUAAUAUCGGUCUGAAAAUGCUGUUUUCGAGGGGUAAAAUAGCAGACAAAAUACACAUAUUCAUACAGGCCGGGAGGGGGGGGGCUCGGCUUACCCUUAUGUCUAGGAG